GAGUGUGUUAAAUGUCCUGAAGAUAUGUGCGCGUAAGUGUGCGUGCGGGGGCUCCUUUGGACGAAUCCGUUCCGUGUUGCUCGUUCGAGUCCGCCUCUCCGCGCCCCUGCUUCCCAUUGACGUACUUUUUAAGCGUCUUCCUCUUCUCCACCUUAAGGCGAGCAGCAGCGGCAGCGACCAAUCACCAUGCUAUUACAGCCUUCAGAGGAAGCUGUUUAUGGGACUGCAGCGCUAAUUAGGCUCAUGAACUAACAAAUCUUCCUGCACGAACCCGGCGAGGAAAACGAUCACAUCCAUGGAUUAGUCUGGGAGUAGCCGAGCACUUUUUAUUUUGGCUUCCUCGACGCAUCAGCCGCCUCUCCAAAACUUAUUUACUGCAAAGAAACUUUCCCUCUUUUCUUGCCCGUGGUGGAGUAUUUUUAAGCGAGAGAGCCUACAACAACUUUGACUUAAACUGGGGAAUCUGGACAUUCAGACCAUGUUUCAACCUACACCCAAGAGGUGUUUUACUAUAGAGUCUUUAGUGGCGAAGGAUAAUCCUGUACCGGCGUCCCGCUCCGAGGAGCCCAUCAGGCCAGCGGCUCUCAGCUAUGCAAACUCCGGCCAGAUGAACCCAUUUCUCAACGGCUUUCACUCUGGCGGCAGGGGCGUCUACUCUAACCCGGACUUGGUAUUUGCCGAGGCGGUCUCCCAUCCGCCGAACUCCGCCGUCCCGGUGCAUCCGGUGGCCCCGCCGCACGCUCUGGCCGCUCACCCGCUUUCCUCCUCGCACAGUCCGCACCCCCUUUUUGCCAGCCAGCAAAGGGACCCAUCAACUUUCUACCCCUGGUUAUUACAUAGAUAUAGGUACUUGGGACACAGAUUUCAAGGUAAGUUUUCAAAGUCCUUUGUUGGACUCACUUUUAACACACAGAAGGUGCCGAGCGGCUCAAAGCGCUUCUCAAACCUGCCCUCUCUCUCUCGCUCUCUCUCUCUCUUUCUCUGCACAAGCAGCUGGGUGUGGAGGAAAUUUAAAAUAGGAGAAGCUGAACUUCUCUGAUCCAAACAAACACUUUUAUGCAGAUUUUUUUUCGCUCAUGUCACCAUGUGAUCUAUUUCCACUUUUCGGAAAAGCUGGAAUAAUCACAGAAAUAAUAGUCUAUUGCUGAGGCGUCUCUAUAUCUGGAUGUGCUCUGUGCAGCAAAAAGACAGCAGAAAAUUUGUGGUAUUUAGUGUGUUUGUAGGUCGUGGAACACGUCUGUGUGUAAAAAUGAAACCAGUUUAGGCCGUGUUGCUGCUCGCCAGGAGAUUCUUUGAAUCUUUCGCAUUUUGACCACAAAGAUUUUUGUUUUGAAUUUUAAAAAAGGGAAAAAAAAUCCAAGAUUGUAAUUUAAGUGGCUUUAAGAUGGUGAUCAACACCUCGUGAGUCAUAUAUUUAAUGUAUGUUGAAUUUAUUUACUGAGCUUAUUUGGCCUACGGGACAUUUGGAGCAGAAUUUCGUUAACCGAGUUUUUUGGUUUGUUUUGUGGCACAUUGUGGAGAGUUACACCUCAGGUUAUUUCAGUCCAUUAAAUACAAACCACUACAUUUAUAAAAUUUAUAUAUUCCGAGUUGAUUUAAUGUAAUAUUUUCUCUGUUGUGGAAAUUUCUUGACGCUGCUUGAAUUUCAUUUGUGAUAUUUUAACAAUGGAGGGUUUUUUCUCCUGCUAAUUAAAUUAGGCCCGGGAUUAUACCUGCAGCAGCUUUGGGUUGUUGUUGUUGUUCUCAGCUCCCAUGCCGAGCUCUCAUCGAUGAUUUACGAGCACACAAUCAUUUCAAACACACACCUUUAUGAUCAGACACAUUUAUUGAGCAGCUCCAUUUAUUUACACCACAUCCAGCUGACUGUUGUUGUUUUUCGGCAGCCGCGCUCAGGCCUGCUGAUUUUUUUUCAAAGUGUUAACAAGUAAAAGUGGAGUCCUGACUAAGUCUUGUUUUUUUACUUAUAGAAAAUAUAUAUUUUUUGUUGGUUUCCAGGUAAUGAAACGAGUCCGGAGAGCUUCCUUUUGCACAACGCACUCGCCAGAAAGCCCAAACGAAUCAGGACAGCUUUUUCCCCCUCGCAGCUCCUGCGGCUCGAACACGCGUUUGAGAAAAACCAUUAUGUAGUGGGAGCAGAGAGGAAACAGCUUGCGCACAGCCUUAGCCUCACAGAAACUCAGGUAAGACCAUGGAUUUAUAUUUUUAACUACAUGUAUAUUCUGCUCUCUUUCCUCGGAAAUGCGCUUGGUGCUUGUUUUGGUUGUGUAGACGGCCUCUCCGUGGGUUCAUUAGUUCAUUUACCGCGAGAACAGGCCCAAAUGUGUUUUGAACUCUUUACUGCUAUCACAAAAAAUCACAUCGAAUCUCAUGAUGUUGACUGAGUUCAUGCAAUAUUUUCUGCUUUUUUUCUGUAUUUUUUUCAUCGCUGAUUGUGCGUUAAAACGCCUCCAAAAUAAAAUUGGAGCGCCAUAUAAUGAAAGCAUUAAAAUGAAGAAGAAACCUGUUCAUAAAAAGGUGUUCGUGGAUAAUCAUCCACAGAGGUGUUUCUAGCCUCCACGCACAGCAGACGCAUGUUGUCAGUGUGAGACAGAGGCUUUUCUGUUGGAUCUAUUCCACUGUCAUUGUCCAGAGCUCUGCUCGUUUUAGGAGGGGUUGAAUUACUUUGUUUAAGAGGGAGGAUGUUGCUUUUUAAAAUGGAGGGGAAAUUAACCAGUUAACCAUUUUAUGGGGUAGGGGAUACAAAGAGCGAGGCGGGUUCAGUGAAGUCCCCCCUGCCAUAUUUAAAAUGCAGUUUGAGCCCAUCAGCGGCUGUCUUUUGUCCACUGUGCCUCUUUGGACGGCGGGGCCUUUGGAGGAACUGAAGGGAGAAAUGAACCAUCACGUACUUCAAUUAACCCACUGAAGGCUUAUUAAAUGCACCUCAGUUGCCAUUUAAGCGCUAAAGGGGCGGCAGAGCGACAAAGCAGGAACAGACAAUUUAUCGAUUUAAAUGUUGUUCACUCCCCACGGGACCGUUUAACACGGCCGAGCUCACUGCGGGGAGUGCGUCAAAAUGCACCCUCAAUAAGUGACACGGGUGUCACACUGUUAUACUAUUUCCACGGCAUUGUCUUCAAAUAUUUACAGCUGAAAAAUGUCAAAUUUAAGGAGAUAAUAUUCCAACAUUUCAAAGAUAACAAAUUAUAAUUUGAGAUCUUGUUGCAUUGCUGCAAUUUAAAGUUUUGGGGACAGAAUGAAGGACGCUCUCUAAAUCCGUGAUCAGCUGAUUUCAUAUUAUUAACGGCGAAGAAACCACACUGUCAUUUAAAGAACACGCGUAUUAAAUGACUUUUGGUUCAUUGUAGAGAUAUCUUGCUCUGUGAUCAUCACAGUUGAACUCCUCAUCUGCUCUGCUCGCUGCCUGCCUGCCUGUCUGUAUUUUGUCCUGCCAUCCUCACAAUGUGCACCUUUUGUGCUCGCCUUUUUACGCGCCGGCCAAUUGCGGUUUCUCUCGUGACACUGAUCCAAUUUUUUUCGUUCCUUUUUCUCCUUGUUCCCCUCCUCAGGUAAAAGUGUGGUUUCAGAAUCGAAGGACGAAGUUCAAGCGACAGAAGCUAGAGGAGGAGGGUUCCGAGUCUCAGCAGAAGAAGAAGGGAUCCCACCACAUAAAUCGAUGGAGACUGGCGACUAAACAGUCGAGUCCAGAGGAAAUUGAUGUCACUUCGGACGAUUAAAAAGACUAUAUGCGUCCGAGUGAAAGAGGACUUGGAUAAAGGAGACCAUAGAGACAGUUCGAGGGUAAAAAAGCAAAUGUCACAUUCAGAUCUCCGGAGAUCGGCAGCUGAGGGUGAGAGAACCCCGACUGGUGGCUCUGCUGUCACCAAGUGGGUCUGUCAAUCCAAACGACCCAGGAAAACCCGACUGACACCGUGUCAGUCCACCUACCUGACCCCCACCAACAUCCACCUCUACAAUCUCCCCACACCACCAAUACCCCUUUCUCCAAUACAUAUUGGACGUUUGCACUUCAGACGGUUUUUUAGCAAAGAAAGAAAGAAAGAAAGAAAGAAAGAAAGAAAGAAAGAAAGAAAGAAAGAAAGAAAAGUUUUCACCCAAGAAACCAAAACACCAAACAGCUUUUGUAAAACUUGAAUUGCAUGGGAUAUUUUUAUUUCCUGGUACUUGUUUUAAUUUGACACUUUUGUCAAAGAAAUAAGAGAAGAAAAAAAAACAAUUUUGUUUUUAAUUCUAUUUUCAAACUGAGAGAUGUCGUGCUAUUUCCUUUUUACAAAGUGUGCAGUCUUUAAUUCAUGAUUCUCGUGUCAAAGUGAUUGUGAAAACAUAUGAAGUAGCGGUGCUGCGUUAUAGUGAUUUUUUUAUAAAGAGAAGAAAAAAUUCGAUUAAAAAAAAUCGGACAUAAGAGUGAAUCAGAUCUCCUAUGAAGUACUUAAAGGGAAGGUAUCAGGACAUUCCUCUAACUAACCUAAAGCUUUACUCAUGUGUCGCUGCGGCCCCCCGUGCACGCAGCCUUCUGUCAGGACUUGACCCUCCAGUGAAAAGUUGCCAUGACGGACUAAAAGCAACAUUUGAGACGGAAAAAAAAUCUUGAAGAAGCACUGACCGUAUUCCAUGUACAGAUGCUCCAAAUCAAUGUUUCUGUUCAACCCUCUUUUACAGAAUGUACAUAAUUUUUGUGUUUGUGUUAAGUUUGCUACAAUUUUAACACAAAGUAUAUACUUCUAAGAAGUAUGUAAUUGUCAAUAUUUUGUCAAUAAAGUUUUAUCAAUAUGUUGCGCUUAGUCAAA